GCUGAUCUUCUCUGCCUCGCCAAGACAGAUGUCCGGUGAAGCGCGAUAACAAAAGUCGAAUUAAACGGUUGGAGCCCUAUAAGACCCGUAAGCGUCCGCAAUUCAGAACAUCCCUCGUUGAGUAUUUCGGCCAGUCAAGCAUUCUUACAUAAUCAACUCGUCUGGAGGUCCGACCCUUCCACUUGCAAUCUCGAGCAUAUUUCCUGCGUUUCUUUCUCCCAUCAGGAUCGAGAGAUUUAAUAUGCUUUCAAGCUGAUUGUAAUCAUGCUGAGACAAGCGGGGCAGGAACGUUGGGCUUACACACACUAUUGCCUCAUAUACAUUGACUGGACGGGUACACUCCGCCUUGAGUUGUCCCCUUCCCUUUCCAAUAGUUACCAGAGCAUUCUUGCACGGAUGGUCACGCUCAACUUCAUGAAAGCGGUUGCAGAAUCAACUGAAAAGGAUCUUUCAAAUGGACUGGUGGAACCAUCCAUAGUGGAGAAAAUAAGCUGCCCGAUGUAUUAUAUAGAUCAGCAUUUUCUUUCGCCGCAUCAGCGUCUGAUCACUCUCCAUACAGGCUGUCAAGGCGCUAAUAAAGAUUGUGGGACUCCCGUGGCUUUAGGAUGCUCGAGCCAACCUACCUCUUGGCCAAUACAGCUUUACUCUGGGGAAGUAAUAACGGGGAACACCUUUCAACAACGUGAUUUUCCUUCGGAAGAAGAGCUCGACCUAAGUUCGAAAAGCCUAAUCUCGCUCGGAGACAAACAUUUCCUUCGCUUUUACUACAUCAAGGUCUUCGAGAAUCUACAACAAACAAAUUGUCGAGUUAUUGCAAAGGUCUACGUAAAACUCGUCGAGCCACGCAAGCAGGUUCGAUAUCCCUACAAUGGGCGAAAAUUCGCAGCAGGCCAUAAACAUGAGAUGAGUCCAAAUGAAACAAAACCGCCGUGGUGGCCGUCCGGAGUGCGACAUCGAGAGCCCGACCAUCUCCUGAAAGCCGAGCGUAUCAGGCUUCUCGUUCAUAUACUUUGUGAACUCCCUGCUAGCUACGGAGUCACGGCACAGAAACUCAAAGCUGCAGAGCAACCUGUACGACGGCAUAUAUUCCCGGCUGAAAGGAUACACCUUCUAGAUGAGUUAUAUUAUGUUAGGGAGCUGGAAGAAAGCUUCCUCGCUGGAUUAGUUGAAGCGGAUUCGGCGGCUUUAAUUUCGGUAAAGAAUAUGCCAGACCUCGAAGUUAUGGUUGGCCGGGAUCAGGCGAGCAGCAGAAGCUCCUCAAUGAAUGGUGAUAUGGUGUUAGGAAACACUUCUACGCUCCCGGGGCCUCCUCGAGACAGCAACGCAGCAGCCUUAUUUCCAGAUGCAUGGCCUUACACGGAUAGAAUAGUUCCCUAAUUAUGGCGAACUGUGCUUUGACUCUAAAGUCUCUCCUAUGCCAUCUCUGGAAAAUGAACGAGAGCGUACACUAUUUGAGACCAAGCGGGAACCCGCUAUCUACUAUACCCCCGUGAAUGAUGACUCUCCUUUCUUUUUAUCUCAAAAUUUUACGGGCUAUCGGGUGCCCAGUAAAUC